GGCCAAACAUCAAAUUAAACGCAAAUUACGUCAUGUUCACUCCAAGAGUCUGGGACGGUGGGAAAGUACGACUGUUGGGCGAAUUGAGCCGUGACCUCCAACAGCCCGAAUCCAGUCUCUCAGUCUCCCCUCUUAGUGUUGUGGUCCCUUUCGUUUGUUUCACCCACCUUGUUCCCCUGCCCUCACAAUUACCUCUUCUCACCGCGAAGAUGACUAUGAUGUCUGUGCAGCCCCAGGCCUGCGAGGAGGGAUGUUUCUCCCUGACCAUGGAGAGGAAGUUCUAUUGCCGAGGGAACGCCUUCGUCAAGAGGAGUCUCCGUCCUAGAGAAUAUCGUACCGGGCAUCGCGGCAUCCACGUCCCUCGCCUGGCCAAGGAGAGCCUCAAGAACGAGGCCGAGUCGCUCCGCUAUAUUCGUCGCCAUACCAACAUCCCGGUUCCUACUGUAUACUGCGACUUUGAGGACGACGAGGCGUACUAUCUGAUCUCCGAGUAUGUGCAAGGCGUGAGUAUGUCAAACCUUAUAGAAAGCCAAAAAGCGGUAGUGCGUGAGGAGCUCCAAGGCCAUCUCGCGACUCUCCGAACCCUCGUAUCAAACCGCAUGGGCGGACCAUCAGGCAUCGUUAUCCCUCCGUAUCGUGUUCUGCGGCGCACCAAGGUGAACGUUUGGUGUCUACGACCUUCUGAUCAUGAUGAAUUCGUCUUCUGCCACAACGACCUUUCCCAGCAGAAUAUCAUUGUGGAUCCGGACUCCCUGAAGAUCCAGGCCAUUCUCGACUGGGAAUAUGCCGGUUUCUACCCACCUGCUUUUGAGUGGCCUUUCUAUACUAGGCUCGGUCCUUCCUCUGCGAUUUAUGAGGAGAGGGACGACUCGCUCGAGCUGCUGGAUUUUCUUAAGUCCCGAGUUCAGCAUGAAACAACAUGAGUACGAUGGUCAGCCAGAUGUCGGUCCCCUAGUUCGCGAGAUAAGAUGGAAGACCAGCGAAAGUGCCUGCUAUCUACGCCCAGAGCUGGGUCUGGCAAUGGAUUUCGGACCAGACGUUGAGCAGAGUGGGAUGCGGUCAGUCGUGGGACGGAUGUUGAAGGUGGCCACUCGUUCGAGAAUGAUUGGAAUUACGGCCUUCUUUCCAUUCGCAUGAGAUAAGCGAUCAACUUGUCUGCAUAGCGUUCGUUGCUGGGAAAUCGAUUGGCUAGGUCUGAUGUCUUCAGGCAGAGAGAUGAUGUCUUCAGGCAGAGAGACAAUGAGAGGGAUGUUUUUUUGCUGCGCCCAGAAUAUCAAUACCGCCAUGGUUCUCCUGGGUUGAGAGCCUCUGCCCGCUCAGUUGGCAUCUCAAGCCCCUUAACCUCGUUCCUUAUUUUGGC